AUGGAAACCGCUCCAUUCGCGGCGGCAAUGCGUAGCGAUCAUUAUCCACCACCAGAUAGUGUCAGGAAUCAGCUUACUAGCAUCAAUGUAGCCAGUGUCUAUCACAUCCAGACUGCUACCGGAACAUGCAUCGAAACCAUCCGAGGCCUGAAGGACACGCAGCCCGAUAGAGACAUCUGGAAUGCUACAAUAAGCGGUGCUUGUGAGACCGCUAUCCGAAGCUUCUCCGACCGAUUUGACAAUGCUGCGGAUGAGGCCGUCCAAUUGAUCGAAGCCCUCCCUCCUGCACAGCAAAGUGGAGCCGCCAAUUUCAUGAGCCAGAGCAUGGGCAUAGUCAACAGGGUCGUCAAUCAGGCAUCAUCUGGAUUUUCGAGUAUUGAUAGGCGCUCCAUCAAGGACUUCCUGGCGGGGAACUGGAAUAGGCUUACAGAAGUGGAUAACGAUGUCAAGGCCGCGUGCAGCUACGCUAUAAAUGCUCUGAAUGCUGUGUUUUAG